UUGUUCAGUCGGAAACGAAAAGAGGGUGUACGAAAGUGACGAAGUGAGGGACGUGGCUGUCUUAGGUCAUGUAGCAAUGGAUCCGACCUUUAGUGCUAGGAAAUUGUCCGAUUUUUUUGCGAAAUUUCAACAUCAGAUAGUACUCGAUGAGAUCUUCAACAUGAGGUAUCGCAACACCCCUCAUCUAUUAAGGGGUUGCAGUUACUGGGAUACAAAGAGCUGAAAAGUUUCCUCUCGAAUCGGAAAUGGACGUGUCCUAGCAAAUUUCCACAUUUUCAUUUCAAAGCCGGAAAAUCAAGGUGUUAGGUUUUUGCUGGACCAAACUUUGCAUUGUAUAGAAUAUAAUACAAUCGAUCGAUCCAAGUGCAGACCCUCUAUUGUUGUUUUUUCGUAACAAAACACCUCUACGUGCCCGAACUACCUUCUAUACCCUAAGCGAUCCGGAGACCCGGACUAAAACCGAUAAAACCAUAAAGUGAUGUGGAUAAUGGCGCAGAGAAUAGACAUUUUCGCAAUUACCCAAACCGUAAUAUGACCUUUCUAAUUGAAAACGGAUCUCUUUCGGCGUUUAUUGGCUUCGUAUACUGGAUUUGGACCGAUACACCCCAAUCGACCUGCUAAUUUCUGUUUAAUGUCCGCCUCUUUCCAUCUCACAACGAGUAAGGGGAAUAAUUAUCCCCUUUCGUUUUGACAGUUCGUUCGCGGCGUUUUGACACCGAUUGGAAAGGGGAAAUUAGACCUUUCACCGUUUUUACACAGUUUUAAUCCCGCACGGAUUCCGUAAACUUCACUAACCCAUCGUCGUUUCUAUUUCAGGAGUGACUUGGAGUCCCCGUCGACCUCGGGUGGUAGCGGAGAAACGACCAGAGGGUCUUAGAGCACAGUCUUGUCCCUUCUAGAGCUGGGCUGCUAAGGGAUCUCCUGGAGAUCAUUUCUAGCUUCAGUCGUCAAUGGUCUAAGAGGUCGAAGGAAAAAAAAAGAAAUGAUUCACGGGUCUUAGGCCACAGUCUUGUCCCUUUUGGGCUGGGCUGCUAAGGGAUCUCCCUUGGAUCAUUCUUAACUUCAGCCUCGAUGGACCACGUGGCCGAAGAGAAGAGAUGAUUGAAAGGUCUUAGAGCACAGUCUUGUCCCAUCUUAGGGCUGGGCUGCUAAGGGAUCUCCUUUAGAUCGUUUCUUGCUUCAGUCGUCAAUGGUCUAAGAGGUCGAAGGAAAAUAAAAGAAAUGAUUCACGGGUCUUAGGCCACAGUCUUGUCCCUUUUGGGCUGGGCUGCUAAGGGAUCUCCCUUGGAUCAUUCUUAACUUCAGCCUCGAUGGACCACGUGGCCGAAGAGAAGAGAUGAUUGAAAGGUCUUAGAGCACAGUCUUGUCCCAUCUUAGGGCUGGGCUGCUAAGGGAUCUCCUUUAGAUCGUUUCUUGCUUCAGUCGUCAAUGGUCUAAGAGGUCGAAGGAAAAUAAAAGAAAUGAUUCACGGGUCUUAGGCCACAGUCUUGUCCCUUUUGGGCUGGGCUGCUAAGGGAUCUCCCUUGGAUCAUUCUUAACUUCAGCCUCGAUGGACCACGUGGCCGAAGAAAAGAGAUGAUUGAAAGGUCUUAGAGCACAGUCUUGUCCCAUCUUAGGGCUGGGCUGCUAAGGGAUCUCCCAGAGGUCGUUUCCAACUUUAGCCAUCGUUGGACUAAGAGCGAAAAAAGCAAGAUGUUAUCGUCAAUAUAAAAACAUAUCAUACCAGCAGCUCGUAAAAGCAAAGAGGAUAUUGGAUGGAGCUUUGAAGUGAUCUCAUUUGGCAUGGAAACUGCACGGCCCUUAAACGGAGUAGAACUACAACGACUCCAGUCGACCAUUUUCCGUUUCCCAUGAAAAAUGACAAGGAAAAACUCCAACCAAACUGAACAGUUCUCAAGGCUGGACCGCCAUCACCAACUAAGAAAAAUCUUGGGGAAUCACUGAACCGAUGGUCUGGGGAAUAGCAGGUAGAAGAUAGAAGAGCAUCAUCGACAUGGAGAAGGAGUACUACAGCUCGUAUGCGACUGUUUCCAAACAGCACAAACCCAAUGCGGGCUCGCUCAAAAAACAGGACCGAAAGGUCCAACAGGAGGAUGUGACCUGCUGCAAAUGUUUAAGUGCCAAAACUAGGACCAAUGCCAGGGCGUUCUUCGCCGGCUUAGCAACGAAUCUGGGGAUAUGCGUGUUACUUUUUGGAUAUACUUUGAUAGGUUCUAUAAUUUUCUUAACGAUCGAAGGCGGUUCUGUGUACCAGUAUCAACAGAUCCUCGCAACCACUGCCAAUACAGACCGGAGGUCGGCCAAUCAGACCGUAUCUUCAACUCUGACAGAUAGAAACGACAGGGCCAGAGCGAAGACUGUGGAAAACAUAUGGGAGAUAACUUAUAGCCUGAAUAUCCUGUACAGAGACAACUGGACCAGGUUGGCAGCCAUGGAGAUCACGAGGUUUCAAGACGAGCUCUUGAAGAAUAUGGAGGAAGAGACUGCGAAGAGUCAGUCGGUCAGUAGUAGGGGCGGGAACGAAACAAAUGAUGAUUUCGUGGAAUGGACCUUUGCUAAAGCCUUCCUGUAUUCCUUGACAGUUUUAACAACUAUAGGAUACGGCAGCAUAGCACCGAAGACCAGCUUAGGCAAAAUCGUAACCAUGAUAUACGCCCUGUUCGGCAUACCCCUCACCCUCUUGUACCUCUCCAGCAUAGGCUCGAUCCUCAGCAGGGUGGCCAGGGGCGUAUUCUCGAGGGCCCUCUGCUGCUGCCUCUGCUCCAACUGCGGCUACUGCUGCUACGACGAGAAGAAGAUGCUGGAGAAGGAGAGACGUAAGAAGAGGAAACGACAACAGAUGGAGAUGCAACAGCAGUUAGGGCUGCAAGAACCGUUCUACGUCAGAUCCAACUCGACCUACACCAACAGCAUCCACUCCCCCAGCAAGGAGGGGAUGUUCAAGGAGCUGGACAACCUGAGCAACACCGACAACGAGUCCAGGAUAUCGAUACACGGCUGCAGCAUCCUGGCGCCCGUCCUCCUCUGUCUCUGCAUGAUGUUCAUCUACAUCUGCAUCGGAACUUUCGUGUUGUUCCGCCUGGAGAACUGGUCGUUGCUGGACGGUUUCUACUUCUGCUUCAUGAGCCUCACCACCAUCGGCUUCGGCAACAUGAUACCCGGCAACGACCAGAUGUUCCGCAGCAACUCCAACGCCACCAUCUGGUUCUGCUCGGUCUACAUCGUGAGCGGCAUGGCGCUGACCGCCAUGUGUUUCAACGUGGUCCACGACGAGAUAGUGCACAGGCUGAGGCACCACCAGGAGAAGAUGAUGCCCAAGCUCAACUCCAACAGCUUCUCCGACGACGUCAACGCCACCGACCCUUACAACAUGACCUCAUGACAGUUCAACGUGAAGAAUAGCAACUUUUACCAUAGGAACCUAACGGAAGAGACGCUGGUCAGCACGGGCACGCCGACCUCCGCAGAUCUGGGCCUGGAGAACGUGACCGCGUCCAAGAUACCGGAGGUGCUGGAAGGGGUGGUUUUGACGGGGGUUUACACCCUGCCCGAAGAACCGGAGAACGAGGAGAAUUCGGAAAUGUAAUCUCUAAGGCUUCGAGAAAUCUUGCAUGUACCUUGAUGAGGUUCGAAAGGAGGAUGUUACUUCGGAGUAGGUGGUAACUGAGGGAUUUGGUUCUUUAAAAUCGUUUCUGAAGCCACGAGAUUUCAGGUUUACCUUCCAAUGAAUCUAUUUGAAGAGAGUGCUCGAGCUUCGAAAUUUCAAUCCUUUUUACCAGUCCAACAAAUGAUUUUGCACAGUUCUUUGGGAAGACCAGGUCCCAACUAUGAUCAUUUCAAACUUUGAGAUCUCCAAAUUACUCUACACUCGUGUAUUCAUGAGAAGAACUGUUAAUUUUCAAAUGAAGGCUACGAUUCUUCGAAGUAUAAAACGAUACAUGUGUAUUUCGUACAUUUGAACUAUAAUUCUUGAUUCAGUUACCGCCACUCUCUAUCUCUAUGAAGCACUCGUUUAUUGUAAAUAAAAGUUAUCAUAAAUAAGUAUAUGAAGAAUGAAACCCAUAAGUAUUCCGUUGAACUUGUGGACCUUCAGAUUUCUUUAAAUUGACCAUAUUGGACUGAAUUGUGAACUAGUAAUUGAAACUCUGAUCUCAUCACAAACUGUACAAGAAAAAUUUGUAGAAACACCAUAAAAAUGAGCCAAAUUUUCAUUACGAACAAAGUAUCACUUAUAGAAAAAUAACAGGAGUUUCAAUUAUUAGAUCCUUGCAAAAUUAUAUCUAGAAAAAUAUUCUCAGAAUAUUUCUUUUCAUGAUAUUAUUGUAAAAUACUGAUGUUGAAUAAAUAUGUCCUUCAAA